AUGGUGGAUUCCUCAAGAUCUCUUCGACGCCUCGCCGCGAUCUCAAUUCUUACCAUAAUUCCCUCCUUCGUGAGUGCAGACGACUCGGCCGUUGCAGUAGGGCUUCACUCAUGUCUAAGUAAUGCUGGUGUGCGAAGCAUCAUCAACUCAGAUUCAACAUGGGCCAAAGAAACCAUUGGGUUCCAAAAGCGUUUGACAUAUAAUCCUGCUUGUAUUGCUUUCCCUGAGAGCAAUGAAGAUGUGGCUGUCUCUCUAAGCUGCGCUCGGAAUGCCUCUGUAAAGGCCACUGCUCUUGGGCCUGGCCAUUCUUUCCAGGGAUAUGGUUUUGGUAACCCGGGAAACUUGGUCAUCAACAUGGCUGCCUUUAAUUCUGUCAGUUACGACGAAGCUAGCACCCACUUGACAUUCGGCGGCGGUACACACGUUGGUCCCGUCAUGAAAUAUCUGUGGGAUACUGCGGGUCGCCAUGUCCCGCAUGUCCGUGGUGCUCAUGUCGGCGUCACUGGCUCCAGCAUGGGGGGUGGUUAUGGGAGUACGUCCCGCCAUCUUGGAACACCAAUGGACAAUCUUGUGUCCAUUGACUACAUGCUUUAUAAUGGUACCACCAUCAAGGCUGAGAAGGGCUCUGAUCUAUUUUGGGCGGCCCAGGGCGCUGGAUCGUCCUUUGGAAUUGUCCUCUCAGCAACCACAAAGACUCACAAGCCGUUGUACGACACAGCUGUCCGCUUCACCAUCAAUUUCGGAAAUGUGUCUGUUGAAACCGCUGCCCGCGCGUUGAUUACAAUACAAGAGUACUCAAUUGGACCUGACUGUCCAGAUGAGCUCGCUCUACGUUGGACUCUGAACGCUCCUCCGUACUCUGGUACGGGAUACUUUUAUGGCGACCCCACAAAGUUCGAUGCCGUCUUGGAUCCCUUGGUCAGCAAUCUCAAAGGGCUUAACAAUGGUACAACUAUAACAAAGAACGAACUCUCAUUCUGGGAUAUGGAGGUUUCAGUCGCUGGGGCUGGUAUGGAGCUGCCAAAUGGAGGAAGUCUUGGGGGACGAUCAUUCUAUACUCAGGCCCUGACAACAACUACCGACCACCCCUUGACAUUCGAGCAGACCUUUACUUUAUUCAAGAGCACUAUACUAUCUUUUGAUCGAACCGAUAUGAACAAGUCUGGCUUCCUUGACCUCUGGGGCGGAGUCUCGCGCGACAUUAAGGAUGAGGACACUGCCCAUGCCCACGGCAAGAACUUGUGGCUUAUUCGCUGGGAAUCAAACAGCUCCGGCGACUACCCUGAAGAUGGCCCUGUUUACAUGAAAAGUCUCAUUGAGCCCUUCGAAAAGUCUCUGACUGGCUCUGGUGUGCCUCUCAGGGGCUUCGUUAACUACGCAGAUACGGAAUUAAGCGAGGAAGAAUGGAGCGCCCGUCUGUACGGGAAGAACUACGAUCGCUUGAAGCAAAUCAAAAAGGAAAUUGAUCCAGAGGGUCUUUUUACUAGCCAUGCUCAAUCCAUCCCCCUUCCAUAA